GCACCACCAUCAAUGGAGAUGAGAACAUCAUAGUAAAUCCCAAUUUUGAUGACGACCUUAAGAAUUGGUCUGGAAGAGGCUGCAAGAUUCUCGUAGUUGAAUCCAUGGCAGAUGGAAAAAUUGUUCCACAAACUGGAACUCAUUUCGCAUCAGCAACAGAACGCACACAAAGCUGGAAUGGUAUUCAGCAGGAGAUCACUGGGAGGGGGCAGCGAAAGCUUCUUUAUGAGGUUACUGCCACAGUCCGGAUAUAUGGUAAAAAUGCCUCUAAUGGUGCUGAUGUGCGGGGCACUUUAUGGGUCCAAACACCAAGUCUCCGUGAACAAUGCAUAACCCAGGAAAUAUAUAUGCAAAUAUGGGAGGAUGGUCCAGUGAGAUUUGGCUACCACGCAGUAGCACCCGAAUGCCUUUUAAAUCUCGCAUGAUGAUUAUGCUAGAUUUGUUUAAAUCUUGCAGCUUGAGCGGGCAGUGAAAGAGGAGCGUCAACUCGUACGAACUGUUACACUCUCCAGUACCCUGCUUCCUCUGUUCCCUUUUCCCCUCAUUGGGUCCUACGAAGGGAACCAAAGCAGAAAGCUUUUCUUGAUUCCUUCCUUCCAGACCAAGUAUACCCAAAUGCUUCAAAUGCUCGCCCCAGUCCUCAACCACACCAUCAUCCGUCGAAGAGAGACAUGGCUGUUCCAAGAUUUUUCGCUUGGCUGGUUAACAAAUACCCUAAAGUUCUUGUUCAGGCAAUCGAAGAGAGCGGAGAUCAGACCGUCGACACAAGCCAACCCAACCCAAAUGGGAUCGAAUUUGACAAUCUUUUCCUCGCCAUGAACGAGAUCAUCUACCCGUGUAUGUUUCACGGAGAUGAGUAUCCAGCUACAUUUGAGGAACUGUUUGAUCGUAUCUUCAAAUGCAUUGAUAAGAUUUUUCAAAAUGUGCGGCCCCGCAAGCUCUUAUACAUGGCCAUUGAUGGAGUCUUUCCUAGAUCUAAGAUGAAUAAACUGAGAUCAAGUCGUCAUCUGUCUGCCAAGUCUGCUGAAGCUGUCGAUUGUGAAGAGCUGAGGUUAAGAAGAGAAUUCAGAGCAGAAGGGAAAACAGUUCUUCCAAUGCUGGAAUGCGGUCUGUCAGAUUGUAACCAUAUAACACCAGGGACAAAAUUUAUGCAUGAACUGUUGAAAGCCCUACAAGGCUACAUCCAUGUUAGACUGAACAAAGAUCCUGGUUGGAAGAAUAUCAAGGUCAUUCUAUCAGAUGCAAAUGUUCCUGGUGUGGGCGACCAUAAAAUAAUGUCUUUCAUAUGCCAGCAGCGUAAUCGUGAUGGUUAUGACCCAAACACCAACCACUGUAUAUAUGGCCAUGAUGCAGAUUUGAUCAUGCUUGCAUUGGCAACACAUGAAGCCCAUAUAUCUAUACUGAGAUUGAAGAGAAAUAGCACAAUACCCGGUGAAUCUGUACCUAUUGAGUCAAAAGGGGAGGUUUCCAAUGUUCAAGCAACAGAUGGAAGUGAUUCUACAGCACAAAAUAAUUUUCAGUUCCUGAACAUCUGGACCGUACGGGAAUAUCUAGAACUUGACUUGUCCAUUCCAUAUCUGCCAAUAAGGAUGGAUUUUGAGAGAAUUGUAGAUGAUUUCGUCUUUAUUUGUUUCUUUGUUGGAAAUGACUUUUUGCCCAACAUGCCUACGUUGGAAAUUCACGAGGGUGCAAUGGAUUUACUCACGCAUGUGUACAAGUCUGAGUUCAAGAAUAUGGGAGGCUACCUUGUUGAUACUGCUAAAAUUAUGGAAAUGGAUGCUGCUUAUGUAAACUUAGAGAGGGUUGAAAAGUUCAUCUGCAGUGUGGGUAAGUAUGAAGAGCGUAUAUUCAAGAAAAGAUCAGAAUCACGAGCUCGCAAGAUCAAAGAACUGAGUACAAUGACAAAUGCCGUCAGCGUCAAGGAUUCUGAUAUUGUGAAAGAAGACUUGGAUUGUCGAGGGUCUACUAAGAAAUCUGCUGUUUUCAAAAAUACAGUGGAAUUGGAAGAAAAAAUGCAUGAUUUUAUUCUAAAGAGGUCAGACCUGUUUAGAAGUUCAGAUAUAGAGACAGAUAAGGUAAAAUUGGGAACAGUUGGAUGGAAGGAGAGAUAUUACAUGGAGAAACUCUCUGCUGAAGGUCCUGGGGAAAUUGAAAGCACAAGGAAGGAAGUAAUUCAGAAGUAUAUAGAAGGCCUAUGCUGGGUUCUGCAAUAUUACUUUUCAGGGGUGCCAUCCUGGACUUGGUUCUAUCCAUAUCACUAUGCACCAUUUGCUUCUGAUUUGAAGGGACUUGCUCAGGUUCGUAUCAAUUUUCUGAUGGGUUCUCCACUUAAACCAUUUGAUCAACUCAUGGCAGUGCUUCACCCACAUAGUUUUUGUUUUCUUCCAAAAGCUUACAGGCAUCUGAUGACUAGCAAGGAGUCCAACAUAAUUGAUUUUUACCCCUCUGAUUUUGAAAUCGACACUGAGGGCAAACGUUUCAUGUCACAGGGUAUUACCAAGAUUCCUUUUGUUCAGUUAGAACGCCUUCUUCAAGAAACUAAGAAACUAGAAAGGGAACUAGAGAAUGAUGAAAUCGAGAGAAAUGUUGAAACCCUUGCAAAAAUUUACGUGAGGAAAAGUCAUGACAUUGGAUCCCAAAUUUUGUCUCUCAAUUACAAUCAUGUAUCAAUGCAAGAACAUAAACCAAUCAGAAAUCCCAUUGAUGUAGUUGCCAGUGGUGGAAUAAAUGGUUUUAUAUGUUGUUGUGAUGAGAAUUUGGGUCCAACUAACUCCCUCUGCCCUGUGAAGGAACUGGAAGGUGUUGCAGAAGAUGAUGUCAUAUGUGCUCUGUAUGAAUUACCGGAGAGCCAUUCACAUAUACCUUGUCUGCUUGAAAAUGCCAAGUUACCAGAGAAGACAAUUACUAGAGCAGAUAUUGUAAAGAAACAGCUUUGGCAUGAAUACAAUGGUGGGCGGCCAGUAUCCAAGAUUUGGGAGACUCGUAGAAAUGAAGAAAACAGACACAAAGUAGCUUCACAAGGUUGGUCAUCUACAAGAGAUGAAGGGGGCAGAGCAGGAUCUAGUAUGGGUGCAAGCAGAGGCGAUAAAAUAUACUCUGGUCAUGGUUCUGAGUCUCCAGCUGCGGGAAAUUGGAGGGAGUCUAGCUCCUCUCUGUGUAGUUCAUUCACAGUUCAAGGAGAAUCAAAAGAGACUGAUAUUGGUCAUCGGAACGAGUAUUUGAGCACUUCAAAUUCUGAGUCAAAUGUCAGCAAUUACAGAGCAGAUAGUGUAAAUAAUAGAAGAGUGGCUUCUCCUGGUACACCAUCAGCAAAUCAUGGUUGGACUGCCUUGGGAAUUGUUAAUGGUGAUGGAAGAGGAAAUGGGCCUGAGACAAAAAGGAACACUGUUGGAAGAUCUCGGCAGGGAAGUGGUAGUUUCUGGCCAUCAAGUAAUGGGUCCAAGUGUGACAUAAAUUCUAACUGGCGAGCCAGUUCAUCAGAGAGGCCUGAUACAGCCAAGGCUCGCGAUCAUGGUAAAGGGUUCUCUGAGCAUGUUGAUUCAGUUGGUGAAAAAGGAAGUCGUUGGUAAUUAAGAGGUUUGUAUCUCUGUUUCUUCAGUGGCCCAACUGUUGGAUAGAUGUUCAUGAGCUCUCAUUGUGAAACGGUGUUUGUCCUUCAGCUUUACCCUGUAGUAUUUUCCACGUGCUUCCUGUCUCCCUCCUACUGCUUUAUUGUGCAUUUAGUGCUUGUGUAUUUGGGCGUGUUUUGUUUGUGUGAGUUGCUGUUAGCCACCAAGUCUGUAAAUGCCUUUGGCUAUGUGUAGUCUUUGUAACUCUGCCCCCUCUUUAAGUCUGUUAACUGCCUUGGGCUGUAAGUGUUUUACUUAUUUUUUGGUUACCCUGCCCCCUCUUCUCCUUCUA